CUUCGUUCCACCAAAACACCAACACCAAAAACCAAUAAAAUUUCCUUGUUGAAAAGUUUCAUUUUUGUUUUUCUUCUUUCUGGUGAAUAAGAAAAAGGGGAAAGUGAAAUGGGUUUAAACUCUAACAGGGUUGAAGAUUUCUUUAGCCAUUCUGCAAAUACAACUGUAACAAGUUUGAAGGUUUCCACAGAGAUACCAAUGCCACCACCAGAGGAAGCAGUAGAGGUACACAAUGUUUGCUUGCCACCAAAGAAAACCACUUUCCAGAAGCUAAAGCACCGCCUCUCUGACAUAUUUUUCCCUGAUGAUCCUCUCCACGGAUUCAAGAACCAAACGUGGUGUAAGAAGCUGGUUCUCGGACUUCAGUCUUUGUUCCCCAUAUGUCAGUGGGGUCUCCACUACAAUCUCAAGCUAUUUAGGUCGGAUAUUAUCUCUGGUCUCACCAUUGCUAGCCUUGCAAUCCCACAGGGUAUCAGUUACGCAAAGCUUGCAAAUUUGCCACCUAUCGUUGGAUUAUAUUCGAGCUUUGUUCCCCCUUUGAUUUAUUCAGUCCUUGGGAGUUCUAGACAUCUUGCUGUUGGUCCAGUGUCUAUUGCAUCCUUAGUGAUGGGCACAAUGCUCAGUGGAAGUGUCUCCUCUACUGAUGACCCAAUUCUCUACCUUCAAUUGGCCUUCACUGCUACCUUCUUUGCUGGUGUAUUUCAGGCAUCUUUGGGUCUCUUAAGGUUAGGCUUUUUGAUCGAUUUUCUAUCGAACGCCACACUUGUGGGAUUCAUGGCGGGUGCAGCAGUCAUUGUGGCAUUACAGCAGCUAAAGGGGUUGCUUGGAAUAGUUCAUUUCACUGGCAAGAUGCAAUUUGUUCCUGUUAUGACCUCUGUUUUUGACCACAAAGAUGAGUGGUCCUGGCAAACUAUUGUAAUGGGGUUUGGCUUCCUGUUGUUUCUGUUGACAACAAGACAAAUUAGCAUUAAAAAACCGAAGCUUUUCUGGGUAUCAGCAGCUGCCCCAUUAACUUCCGUGAUUCUCUCAACGAUCUUAGUCUUCUGCAUUAAAUCAAAAGCUCAUGGAAUCUCAUAUAUUGGACACUUGCCAAAGGGUUUGAAUCCACCUUCGUUGAACAUGCUGUACUUUAAUGGCCAAUAUCUGGCUUUGACUAUCAAGACUGGCCUUAUCACUGGGAUCCUGUCCCUCACUGAAGGGAUUGCAGUGGGGAGGACAUUUGCUUCUCUACAGAACUACCAAGUUGAUGGAAACAAAGAAAUGAUGGCCAUCGGUCUCAUGAACAUGGCUGGUUCUUGUACUUCAUGUUAUGUUACAACAGGAUCCUUUUCUCGGUCUGCGGUAAAUUACAAUGCUGGAGCACAAACAGCAGUCUCUAACAUAGUAUUAGCUGCAGCUGUGCUUGUGACUCUGCUGUUCCUGAUGCCACUCUUUUACUACACCCCUAAUGUCAUCUUAGCGGCCAUCAUUAUAACAGCAGUUAUAGGGCUUAUUGAUUACCGGGCAGCAUACAAGCUGUGGAAAGUCGAUAAAUUCGAUUUCUUGGCUUGUAUGUGUUCCUUCUUUGGGGUUCUUUUCAUUUCUGUUCCUUUGGGACUUGCCAUUGCAGUUGGAGUUUCUAUAUUCAAGAUUCUCUUGCAUGUCACCAGGCCAAACACUGUGGUAUUGGGGAAUAUUCCAAGAACACAGAUAUACCAAAGCCUUAACAGAUACAAAGAAGCUUCAAGGGUCCCUUCAUUUCUCAUAUUGGCCAUUGAAUCUCCAAUCUACUUUGCAAAUUCAACUUAUCUACAAGAAAGGAUGUUAAGAUGGGUUCGAGAGGAGGAAGAACGAAUUAAUGAAAGCCAUGAAAGCACUUUGAAAUGUAUAAUUAUUGACAUGACUGCUGUCUCGGCAAUAGAUACAAGUGGCAUCGACAUGUUAUGUGAACUAAGAAAGAUAUUGGAGAAAAGAUCACUUCAGCUUGUAUUGGUAAACCCAGUGGGAAGUGUGAUGGAGAAAAUGCACAAGUCCAAAAUCUUAGAGUCCUUCGGAAUGACCUCCAUGUAUCUCACAGUAGGGGAAGCAGUGGGAGACAUCGCAGCUUCCUGGAAGCCUCAACCAUGAGUCUGUAGAGAAGAAACAAAGCGCUUCACUAACCCUUUUAGACCCUUUGGCUGUCUUGAAAGAGGUUUAGCAUAGUCAUGACUGUUGUUUUGUUUUGUUCCCUUCAUUUUGUGAGAAAACCCCUUAAUCGAUUAAACAUUAUGUUUUUGGUUUAAUAGAGAAAUGAAAGUUAAACCUUGUUGUAUUCCAUAAAA